AUGAAUCAGUACACGAUCACGUACGGGCUGAGCCCGCCGCAGUCGGCCCGAAACCGCAACAUGCAUAUCCUGCCGGUGAUGAAGAUGCUGCCGCUGCCGGACGGGUUUCUGACGGGCGGGCGCGACGGCACGGUGGUGAAGCACUGCUACUGCGAGGUGUCGCACAACUACCAGAAGCGGGUGCGGAUGCAGGUGCACAGCGACUGGGUGAGUGACCUGGUGGAGCUGAGCGCGGGGACGUAUCUGAGCGUGAGCCACGACUUUUCGGUGCACCUGCUGCUGCUGCAGACACGCAACGACGGGUGGGAGACGCGGAUCCUGGGGUACCACGACGACUACGUGAAGUGCAUCUGCGUGCUGCAGCGCGGCGGCGCGGACAGCAGCCGGAGCAGCAGCAGCGAGCGCAGCCGGGGCGAGAGUGGGAGCGGCGGCCGCGCGCUGUUUGCCACGGGGGGGCUGGACAAGAAGGUGAAGUUCUGGGAGCUGCAGGGGCGGGAAGCGCGGGUGCUGUUCGAGUACGACAACGCGCAGCCGCAGGAAACGGGGUCGGUGUACGCGCUGUGCGCGCUGUCGCCACAGGAGGUGGUCAUUGGCGACAACAACGGGGACCUGAAGAUCAUCUCCGCGGUCACGGGAGAGCUGGUGCACGUGGUCAGCGGCGCCCACGGCAGCAACGUGCGCCUGGCGCAGCUGCUGGACCAGGGCCGCCGCCUGAUCACCACGAGCUCGGACGGCGCGGUAAAGCUAUGGGAUGUCGCUGCGCUUUGUGCCGGCGAGGCAGAGGCCGCGCUUGUGCAUGAAUGGCAGUGGCAGUGCCCAGUGUGGUCCGUGGCCGGGCUGUCGGAGAGCACGCUUCUUUUCGGCGAUGCGUGGGGCAACAUCACACGCAUCCGGCAUACGGGGCAGGACACCGCCUCCUGGGGUAGAGCGGUCCAGGAUGUGCUCUACGGCGCGGCGCCCGAUGUGGAGGUGUACACAAAUGGCAUACUUUCCAUGUGCUUCAUGGAGCAGUCGAAGCUGUGGUUUUCGUGCUCUAGGAACUCGAACAUCUACCUGAUGAAGCUCGAUGCGGAGGGCGUCCAGACGGACCGCAAGAUCCAGUCCUUGGAAGGCGGCUCCGCGCUGUUGAAGAGCUGUUUGCUAACAAAUCGCCGGCAUGUGAUCACGCUAAACACGCUGAACCAGGUCCAAAAGUGGGAUAUCGUGUCCUGCGAGCUUCUCGAUACAUACAGGCCCACGGAUGGCUCCUUUGACGACCUGGUCAAUAAAAACAAUACCAAGGAAAUAUUGCCACACUGGUGCUCCGUCUCUAUUAGAACCGGGAAGCUCUUCAUCAAGUUUAAUGACAGGUUCACUGCUACCGAGGUCUAUGGAACCGCGCUAAAACAGUACAAAUUAAUAAAUGAUGUUGUGUUAAACGACGACCAACGGUACAACCUGGGGAGGUUGGCCAUUAACUCAAUAUUGUACGAAUUUAUUAAGUAUGAAUUGCAUAUGGACAAGUUUGCGCGCCUUGAAGCGGUUAAUUCCAAGAGAUCGAGCUCUUCGUCUUCAAACAUCAUUCCGCAGCUGCCGAAUAAUAUUCCACAAGAUUUGCAAAAGCAGCAAGGGUACCUUGGCCAAGAUUAUGAUCAGCAAGGAAGAAUACCGCAGCUAGUUUUGUAUCCAUUGCAAAGAGCGACUACUACGGGUAAUAUAGACGAUACCCCUGAUAAACCAGUUUCCAAGGAGAGAAAGCGUUUGAAUAUCUUCCCAAAGAUGCCCGGUACCUCGUCUGUGAAUAACAGUGCUCAUUCUGAGGCUGGCACUCCGAAAUCCGAUACCAUGAGCCCAAUCUUGGGAGAAUCGAUCGACCAAACGCCGAGACCCGCACCUAGUGAGGAUGAAACGAUAACACCUAGCUUACCGCUGACUGCCGGCGCCGAUGAAGUUGGCUUGGAGAGAGCAACUCCUGCCACAGCGCCAGAACUGGGCCCGAAGCAAAGCUCCAGUAAUUUAUCUCUGCUCAGCAGGUUCCGCAGGCAAUCCACACAUAUCCUGGGACCUCCUACGCUUAACAAUUUUCCGUCAAUGCAGCGGUGUGAGAGUCCGCCAGAAACACAGACCUCGGAGGAGAGUCCCGAAAAAGAGCCGCCGGCGACACAGAAUGGUCUGAAAUCCAAUGGUCCUGGCAGUGAAAAGGCAUUACCAGCUACUCCAGUAUCUCUAAAAACUAUGGCAGAUCUCUUGCACGCAAACAAGGAGAUAUAUCGGCAGCAGGCCACGACGAAGGGAGGAGCAUUCAAAAAGUUUGGGCGCAAACUGCUUGAAAGCCAAUUUCUAAGGGACGACGAAGCGCCCCUGAUUGAAAUAAAAAACGGCUGUCUCAUCCUCAUUAACUACUGGCGAACAGGCUCUUGCGGCGACACGGUCCUGUUCUCUACAUAUCUUCCCGCCCCGGACUACUCAUGGCAUUUUGACGACCCCGAUUCAGAUGCUGGGAACGAGCAUCCGAGCAACGAGCUCACGAGGAUGGACCGCAUAUACCGUUUCCGCAUUUUUCGCUCUUUAGAACAGCACUUCCCCUACUGGUUCGCGCGCCAGCUUUUCCACGAGGAGAAGACGGCCAAGAACUACCCGAAACUGAACUUCCUCAUUAAACCUUACGUCUCGCCCGACGGCGAAGCCAAUACCGCAGAACCCGAGGAGAAGGUGCGCAGCUCGCACAUGCUUUUCUCCAAAAAGUCCCAAGAGCUGCCUGCGGCCCUGCCGCCGAUUACUGAUGGAAAGAUGCGUCUCAGUGCGCCUGACAUGAUCAAAGUCAAGCGUAUCAAACAAUACAUUGUUGACAGGUUUGAAUCAAAGACUCCGGAAAUGCGCAACAAAAUCUCAGUGUCUGAAUGGCUAGAGCUGCUCUGUAAAGACAGCCUUCUAGACGACGACCUGACGCUGGCUGCCAUUAGAACGCUGCAUUGGAAGUCUAACAACGAAAUUGUCUUAGAGUAUAGAAGGAAGGUGAGACAGACCUCUAGAAAACGGUAG